CUAUUUUAAAAUGGCGGACACUGGUGAAGAAAGAACGUUUUAGAGUGACAACGGAAUUUGCAGUGAAUCAAUGGCGGAAAUAAAGCUUACAGACGCCCAGAAAGCUCGCAUCGAGAGAAAUCGCCAGAGGGCAUUAAUGCUCCGCAAUGCGAGACUUUCCAGUAGGCCAUAUCCCGAGAUAAGAUCUCACGACCAAGAGUCUACUCGCACAUCUCAAGUGAGCACUUCAAACGCAACCACAGCUCAUGCGAUUGAUACGGGUGGAGGGUUUCUAUUAGAUCCUGAUGAUGAAGAAACAUUGGAUACAGCGCAAAAGAAUCUAGUUGAGGAUCCAGGUAAGUGCAUAUCACUUCUUUGUUCAGUUGUUAGACAAAAUGCAGACUGCAUACAUGAUACAUGUACUUGCAGACUGGCUAGUGAACAAGGUAAACAAUUAUAUGAAAGUAAAUCAUCGAACUUAUAGACGCAACUUUUGCAGUUGCGAAAAGAAAGCCUGAAAAAAAAUUCAGGCUUACAUACGGGAUUUGAAUCCUCAACCUCUGUGAUACCGUUGCAGCUCUCUUACCAACUGAGUUAACAAGCCAGCUGGGAGUAGGUCGUUAAAAUGGUUCGUUAUAAACCUGUAAGAGCGCCACACCAGUAUUGCAGAGGUCAAGGGUUUGAAAGCUGUACAAGCCUGAAUUUUUUUUUCAGGCUUUCUUUUCGCAACUGCAAAAGUUGCAUCUAUAUAACUUUGAUGUCUAUGUUCAUAUAAUUCUUCACCCCGCAUUUUCACAUAUGAUUUUGAUAUAUUCAUAACUUCAAGGUAAACAAUGUUGUGAAAUUAUCUCAAAACUAUGUCAAGACUUAAAGAAGACUUAAACUUUAGGGAUAGGGAUAGUUUUGUGGUCAUUCCACAACAUUGCCCUGUGAAAGUAACUCAAAGUGUAGGUUUAGUAUUUGUAUAGGUAAUAGCAUGAUUUGUAGUGAUAUUUGGCACAAGUACCACGAGUGAUAUUUUGAAAUUCUUAUACGUAAUUUCACGAGCCGUUAGGCGAGUGAAAUUUGAGACAAUUUUGAAAUAUCACGAGUGAUAUUAAUGCCAAAUAUCACGUACAAAUCAUGCUAUUAUUUGUUUAUACUACUACCCGCAAAAGGUUUGUAAUUUUCACGUGUAGGUAUUUCAAAUUAAGCUGAAAUACCACAGCUCUAAGCCAAUCAAAUUGCAGUAAUUUUUCAUGUAGUAGUAUAAGGUACGUUAUUAAUUUUGUGAAACGUGUUUUCUGUAAAUGUCUUUAUUUUCCUUUAAAACAGCCCCUGUACUUGGUGGUCAUCAAAUACAUUGUUCUGAAUGCCAGAAAGAGUUCUUGACUUCAUAUCUCUACAAACAUUUUGAGGUUUCUGUUUGUGACAAUUGCAGGUAAAAAGUCCUUUAAUAUUAUAUACAGUAACUGUAAAAAUAAUGUACACAUGUAUCUUUAAUAGGUUAAGCUGCACAAAUUCCUACCUCCAAUACUUGGAAGAGGGAAUUUGUGUAGCUUAUUAAUUUUAUAAGUGGCUGCAAAAAAUAGUUUAGAAUCCAGGAAUGUUACAGUUGCGCCCUGCCCUUUUUAAAGAAUGAGUAGUAUCUGUUAUUGAGGGCAACCAUUUCUUGGCUAAAUGAGUCACCAUUUCAACAACAUAUUUACAACUUCAUUGUGCCAACACUUGACCACAUUUUGUCUUGCAGAGAUCGAGAAGGAAAACAUACACUUAUAACCAAAACAGAAGCUAAGGAGGUACAUAUAGGGAAUAUUUUUAUCACUUAUUGGAUGAAAAUUAUGCAAAUGUAGCUGUGACAUUAACUUCAACUGGUGUUACAUGCAUUUUUUGCAGCAAUUCUUGUUGAAAGACUGUGAUUUUGACGGAAGACAACCAGCACUAAAGUUUAUUUUAAAAAAGAAUCCACAUUAUUCCCGAGGGGAGAUGAAGUUGUACCUUAAAUCACAGGUAUUAAAAGCUUUCAAAUUUCUCAUCUUUUAGCCUGUGUACUGUGAAAGGCUGAUGGAAAAAGAAAACAAAUUUUACUGCUUAUCUCGGCCUUGUAGGGAACAGUGCAAUCAUGUACAUAAAAACCUCAGGAAGCUGUUGCAUCUCUAAUCUGCAGGAAGGAGCCGAGAGGUGACAUGAAACACUUGGCAAGAGUAACAAAAAGCUGGAGAAUCACAUAAUUUAUUAUUUAACUAGUGUAAACCAAUAUCAUUAGCUCUGCAGUUAUUAAAAGGUAACCCGAGCAACAGAUCAUGUGCAUAAAAUUAAUGGCAACAAUAUUUUGAAUGAUGAUACCGUUACAUCUUACCCUUACAUCCAUGUAAAAAUUCCUUUGUUGCCAUUUUUAGCAAAAAGUUAUAAACAGCUAAUUAUGCCGUUGAUUUACCCUAAUCAAGUGACAAGUCUCCAAGGGCAAAUGGGUAAACAAGCAUUCAUGGAGGCAUUACUCUUACAAUGAUGAUUAUUAGACGCCCAGUUAUCAGCCUGCGGUGGAUGUUUUUAUUGAGAUUAAAUCAGUUUGGUUCAAGCUAAUGUGAUACUUGCUUUACUAAUGGUUUGAGCUACCAGGAGUAAACUGUGUUAUUUUGCAGGUUAUUCAACGCUCCCAUGAAGUGUGGGGAGGAGAAGCUGGAUUAGAAGAGGCUAAAGAAGACAAAGCUGAGAAGAGAGAGGUGCAAAAACAACGGCGAUUUGACAAGAAAGUUAAAGGUUUCUUCUACCAAAGCUUUUUACCUUUUUACUAUCAAGAUUAUGAAAGUUGCAGUCUCUGUCUAAGUAGUGAGCUUAUGCAUGUGACGAGCACAACCUUUUUGUGUGAAAAUGUGACAGAGCUAUCACUUGCAUUAAAUUUGUUGUGAUCAUCAGUUAAACUUAAGAUCUGUGUAAGGUGAAGUUUGGUAGAAAAUUUUUUUAACACAAUAAUUGUCACAAUUGUCACACAAUUACAGCUCUAUCGCAGCAAAAAGUGAGACAUUGGAACUUUAAACAUCUUUCUGUGAACAUCUUACAGUGAAUGUGAUUAUGAAAUAACUGCUGCCCUUCAAUAAAUGCUGCCACAUAGAAAAGGCUAAAAUUGUAAUAAACACUGAGACAUUUAAUGGUACAAAUGUGGUCUACGCAUUAUGUCCUUUUGUUAUGGUAAUUUCCAGUGCAAAAUAGCCUGCGAAAACAUCCGUUUCUCCUCGCUCUUCGCCGAUGGGGACGUUUCGCGCGGAGGAACGUCUGCGACUCAGCGACAGAAAUUCCAUACUGAUGACGUAAAAUCUGUCCGGAAUCCGGUCAGAAUCGCUGAUUGGUCAACGGAGUAGUUACAUUGUUUUAGCUAUUGUAAGACAAAAAGCCACAAAGGUCAAAUGUAAACGCGAAGAAUCUCUAACAAAACAGUCAAUAUUUGUGGAAUAUAGUCUUCUCUAGAAGAAGCAUUUGAGUUUUGCUGGAGCUCGUUGGCAGAUGAACUCAACACUUUACCAAAAUCGACCAGAAGACACGUAAAAUUGGACAAAUUUAUAUUUAAAACCUCAUGACUGCUGGAUUUGUUAUGUAAACAUUGGUUUGUGUCAUCAGUAUGGAAUUUCUGCAGCUGAGUCACAGACGUUCCUCCUCGCGAAAUGUCCCCGGCGGCGAAGAGCGAGGAGAAACGGAUGUUUUCACAGGCUAAGUGCAAAAAAAGUCACUGGAAACAGCUUAUGUUUUUUAUCUUACGAACCAGAACUUCGUCGAGCAGUCAGAACAAGUACAUGGAAAAAAGAUACCAGUCGACACGAGCAUGAGUUCCCUGAAGCAGGACAAGAGGGUGGGGAGGUUUAUGAUGAGGAAACAGAUACAUGGACAAAAACCUGCAAAACAUGUGGCUAUCAACUCACAUAUGAAAAAAUGUAA